CCACUGGUGGUUGCGUUCGGGAGCGGGAGAAGACUGGUAUUUGCAGUGCCCAGGCCUGCACGGAAGCGCCCUGGCAGAACCCAGCUAAGGAUACACUUUCUCCCUCGAGAGGGCUGAGCGCUCCCAGGGGACUUGUGUGUCAGCAGAGCCAGGAGAUAGCAGGCCCAGGGGGCAGCUCCACCACAGGAGACAGGACACGCCUCAGUCUGGGCAAAUUCCCGGCCUCCUUUGGCUCUAAGCCAGCAGCCGCCGCCCGCCACUUACUCUCCUCCUCCGCCGUCACCCCAGCCGCCCUGCUGGGCCGCGAACUCGCCCGCGCCUGGGCGCGCGGUCCCUCGGCCCGCGGGGCUGGAGGCGCGGUUGGGACAGGACCGAUGUGGCGCAUGCGUGGUGGCGCCACUCGGCGCGGGAGUUGCGGCGGCGGGGAUGCUGCUGGGGACAGCCGAGGGCCAGGCCGCUCGGGCAGGGCUCGUGGGGGUGGCAGCAGCAGCGGCGGCGUGGGUUGGCGAGGCCGGGCGGACGGCGCCCGACAGCAGCUUGAGGAGCGGUUUGCCGACCUGGCGGCGAGCCAUUUGGAGGCCAUCCGUGCGCGGGACGAGUGGGACCGGCAGAACGCGCGGCUGCGCGAGGAGAACACCCGGCUGCGGCUCGAGAACCGGCGGCUGAAGCGCGAGAACCGCAGCCUCUUCCGUCAGGCUUUGCGGCUCCCGGGUGAAGGCGGCGACAGGACGCCCGCGGAGGCGCUCGCGGUCCCUGAAGAGGCCGGCACGAACCGGAGGGCUAGAGACAGCGGCCGUGAGGACGAGCCGGGCAGCCCCAGGGCCCUGAGGGCCCGACUUGAGAAGCUGGAGGCCAUGUACCGCCGGGCCCUGCUGCAGCUGCACCUCGAGCAGCGGGGACCACGUCCGCAUGAGGACAAGGAGGAGCAGCCUCUACGGGAACCCGACUCUGGCCUCCGCUCCCUGGACUCGGAGCCCUCCGGGCCCUGUCUGUAGCCGAGGCCGCAGCCCGAGAGGGGCGGGGCCUCGCGCAGGCCCCUCCUCCUUCGUUCCCAGCUCCCCCAGUCUCGCGCACGCCCUGGCCCGCGCCCUGCCCGCGGAUACCUAGGACGGCGGGGCCCUCCCAUCCGGCCAGCGGACACUUCCGGGUGGCGCUUAGCCAUUGGCUUGGCGGAGGUCGAGUGGGUGCAUGGACCCUGGGGACUUCCCACAUAUACUCGUCCGCUGCCUCUUGCCCUGGCUAGUUUCCCUGGAGAGAGGCCUAGCCAACAACGGAGGGACGGAUUUUAAAACUGCAAGAACUGGGUGCCAAGAAACACUUCCUACUCCCUGAACUUUUCUAGGUGUUGUGAGAACCUGUUGUAUUUUUUUUUCUCUGUUUUGGUUCUGAAGGAUGAGUAAGGAGCUUUUAGUUGGUUGAGUCUGUCCAUUCUUCAGUCCCCUAAAUCCAGUUAUUCUCUCUUAUGUGGCCAACAUUUAAGUUUGUUUUUAUAAGUUGGUGUUACUUGGAUGUCCUAUAAAAUACCCCAUUUUUAUAAAGAUGAUAUUUAUAACUUAAGAAUUCAUGCCUGCCCUGGCUGCAGUCCCCUUACAUCUAAUAUAUACUGAUUUAUUUGCCCCCAGAGACUUUUUAAAGUAUCUGCCUAUAUCGUGAUCUUUUGAAAUGGUAAAUAAAUCUGUUGCAUUAAAAAUCAUC